CUUUGCCCCCCAUUCCGUCGGUGGCUUCUCCUUCAUCCUCGCCAAUGGUGGUUCAGCCUGGUGUGCUGAGUGGUCUCCAUGAAAUAUAUAACCACAUUGCCUGAAUUUCCCCUUUGCCAUCACUCUAUCUCCAGCUUUAGCCACAUCUACAGGACACUUUCAAAUACUUUACAGUCAACUAAACUUCGAGCAGUCACUUUCUCGUGGUGACCUUUGCAGUUUUCCAGCAAACAUCAUCAGAAGCCCUCUGUUACUCCCAAACCAUCACCAGCCAUGCCUUCCGCCGUUGAAUACCUCACCAGCCCCCAACAAAAUUUCAACUACGAGUCUGACCCCAUUGCGGCCAUGACCUCGUAUGCACGAAUGAUGCACAUGCACACGAAGCAACAGAUGGAUGCAGCCACACGAUCAGCUCGACGACGAAGUCCACCCGUUGGAGUCGAUGCCCACACCAACGGAGGGCUGUCGAAACAGAGCACACACAGCAGCAAUUCUUCACGAUCAUCCUUUUGAAUUCCCACCCCCACAAAGCUCUCCUUCCUACCUGAGCGUUCGAGCUCCCAAACUUGUACCUCCAAAAAGGACUCGGCACAAAUCACACAAAGUGAUGAGUGCUGUCAUCGAGCAGACUGGGAAACUGUCCUGGCUGACGAAUGAUACAUUAUUUUGUGCUCGCAACCUCGAGACACGUGGUGGAGAGCCUCUGCAUGUCCAGGCCCUCAUGAUAAUCACCCUUUCAUGGCAUUUCAUUAUGCGGAGGGG